UUCAGUUCUCCUUACUCCCAACAGCCUCAUGCUCAUUCCACAAACUACUAUAAUGUGUGCAUACAAAGGUUAACAGGAAACUCAUAAGGCCUUUUCACUCCUGUUUUGGAAGAAGAGUCAUAAGAAAAACUGGAGGAGAUUCAACUUUUUUUUUUGUUGAGGAGCCAGAAUUCUGAAAAGGAGCAAAAAGGAGGUAAAAACUAAAGUUGUGUCCACGUGAAACCAAAAAUAACACAGAAAUGGACAGGACACAACCAAAGACGGGGGAGGAUGGCGUAAAGGACAAGACAGCAGGCGAGGCGGUGCAUCUUCGAAGAGAGAUUGGCCUUUUAUCCGCUGUGUCCUUCAUCAUUGGAACAGUGGUGGGCAGUGGGAUCUUCAUUGCACCCAAGGGUGUUCUGAUGAAUAGUGGUAGCGUGGGGCUGUCACUGCUGAUGUGGGCGCUGUGUGGAAUUCUGUCGUUGUGUGGUGCACUGUGCUAUGCUGAACUGGGCACCACUUUCACAAAGUCUGGGGGCCACUACACUUAUCUACUGGAGACAUUCGGGCCCAUGCCAGCCUUCCUACGACUCUGGGCUGAGUUUUUAUUCAUCAGACCAGCUGUAGCUUCCUAUGUUUCUUUGGCUUUCGGCCGAUAUGUGGUGGAGCCUUUCUUUGCUCCUUGUCCUGCUCCCAUGGUGCUCAUCAAAUUAGUCAGCAUCCUCGGAGUGACAUUUGUUGUGGCAAUCAACUGCUGGAGUGUGACCAUGGCUUCACGCACUCAAGUCACCUUGACUUUCAUUAAGAUGUUUGCGCUGGUCCUCAUUAUCAUCCCUGGUGUAAUUGCACUGGCCAAAGGAAAGACAGACAAUUUCCAGAAUGGUUUUGAGGUUGAUGCAUUAACACUGGAUAAGUUACCACUGGCAUUUUAUAAUGGUCUCUAUGCCUACGGGGGAUGGUUUUAUCUGAACUUUAUCACAGAAGAGGUCAUUAAUCCAAACAGAAACAUCCCACUAGCAAUAUCCUCUUCCAUGGUGACAGUCACAGUCUUGUAUGUGCUUGUUAAUUUGGCCUAUUACACCAUGAUGACUCCUGCUGAGAUCCUCUUUUCUGAUGCUGUUGCUGUGACAUUUGCCCAGAAGGCUCUGCAGGGAUUAGCCCCAGUGAUUCCCUUUCUAGUAUCUCUGUCCUGCCUUGGAGCACUUAAUGGUGGCUUCUUUUCAUCACCCAGGAUGCUGUUUGUGGGAGCCAGGGAAGGACACUGGCCUCCAAUCUUUUCCAUGAUUCAUAUCCGUAGACAAACACCUUUGCCCGCUGUGCUACUGCUGUAUCCAUUGGUGGUGUUCAUGCUAAUCACUGGAGAGACCUAUCAGCUCCUCAACUUUGCUUCCUUUGCUCGCUGGUUCUUCAUCGCUCUGGCAACUCUAGGAAUGAUCAUCCAUCGAUAUCGAUACCCGCUCCUCCCAAGACCUUUCAAGGUGCCCCUGGUCAUCGCAGUCACCUUCACAGUGGUCUGCUUCUUCAUUGUGGGUCUGUCCUUGUACUCGGACCCCUGGAACACAGGGCGGAGCUUUGCUCUCACACUGACUGGGGUCCCAGUUUACUUUGUGACUGUGUACCGCUUUCGACUACCUCAUAGAUGGGCACGCUUCCUCAACUACUGCAGUAAACAGCUGCAGAUUCUUCUAGAAGUAGCUCUGCAGGAAGUCCAGACCUACUGAAGACCCCAAACAUGCCCUGCUGAGUACUAAAAACUUUCGGGAUACAACCUUAACAAGAACAAGAACUCUUAACUUUACUUUUGUACUUCAUUUCUAAAGUGUCCGUUUGGAUUAUUAAGUUUGAUAAAGAUUUUCUAUAUGGAUAACUGGUAGCUGCAUGAAGCACAAAUGAAACAUGUUCUAUUCUUUUUUCAUAUCUCUACUUUUUACACCAAUAAACUAAUGCAUUUUCAGUGAGACAAACUAUAAAUUA